AUGGCAGUUCAAACAUCAUCAACUACUUAUGGUUUCCAAAAGGCUCCUAUUCAACUUACUUUCGUCGUAGUUGGAGCUGGUCUUGGUGGAGUAGCCGCCAGUAUUUGUCUAAGAUUAGCUGGCCACAGGGUUAUCUUAUUGGAAGCAGCUGUUGAAUUAGGUGAAGUUGGAGCUGGUAUUCAAAUUCCCCCACCAUCAACCAAGAUCUUGAAAGCUAUUGGAGUCUUGGAUGCUAUUGAUAAAGUUUCAAUCCAUCCUCAUGAUAUUUUGAUCAAAAGAUACAAGGGUGAACUUUUAUCAACUCAAAAUUUGGUUCCUUAUGUUCUGGAAAAAUAUGAUGGAUUGUAUUUACAUAUCCAUAGAGCUGAUUAUCAUAAAGUGUUGGUUGAUAGAGCUGAGGAACUAGGAGUUGAAAUCCAUACCAAUUCAAGAGUUGUUGAUAUUGAUUUUGACAACACUACUGUUACUACAUCAACUGGGAAACAAUACACAGGUGAUGUCAUUGUUGGAUACGAUGGAGUUAGGUCACAAACUAGAGCUUUGUUAACGGGUGAUGUCUCGGGUGCUUAUGAUACUGGAGACUUGGCAUAUCGUGCAUUGAUUAAAGUUGAAGAUAUGAAGAAAGUUCCAGGUUUGGAGAAAUUUUACGCUAACCCCAAUAUCAACUUCUGGUGGGGCCCCACCAUGCAUAUUGUCAUGUACUUUUUACACGAAGGUGAAAUCUGCAAUGUUGUUGCAUUAUGUCCCGACACAUUACCUGAAGGUAUAUUAAAACAAGAUGCAUCCCAAGAAGAAUUAUUAGACUUGGUUAAAGAUUGGGAUCAAGAUCUCACCACUGUUUUCAAAUUAAUUACAUCAAUCAGUAAAUGGCGUUUACAAGAUUCACGUGAAUUGAAAACUUGGGUUAAUUCCAAAACCGGUAAUUUCAUCAUCUUGGGUGAUGCUUCUCAUUCAACGUUACCUUAUUUGGCCAGUGGUGCAUCUCAAGCAGUUGAAGAUGCUGCUGUCCUUGCUGGAUUAUUCUCCAAGAUUGAACUGCGAGAUCAAAUCCCGCAAAUUUUAACCAUGACGGAAAACUUGAGAAAAUGGAGAAGUUCUCAAGUUGUGAAAGGAUCCCAUCAGUGUCAAGAUAUUUAUCAUUUACCCGAUGGUGAAUUACAAGAAAUUAGAGAUUCCUACUUGUAUGAUAAAAUUCCAGAAUUGGGAUGUCCUAACAGAUUUGCAGAUCCAGUUUUCCAAGAUUUCCUUUGGGGUUAUAAUGCAUUUGAAGAAGUUGAAAGAGCUUGGAAAGAAUUUAGGGUUGGUGGUAACCCAAGUUAUACUUACCCUAAUUUGUAUAAGCCAAAGUCUAGUGGGGGAGGCUCUAGUGGAAAAGAAGUGCCUAGUAGUGCCCCUGCUUCUCUUGCUGCUGGAAAUUCCCCAGCUGCUCCGUUGAGUGCAUCUGGAUAA